CCUUCAAGAGUCAAUAUGAAUAUCAUCAGAAAUCUUCAAUUAUUUUAAUGGAAAACGAGGAAUACCCACCACCUUCUUUGCUUGUUGUCUAAUUCAAAAAUCAACCUAGAAGAUCGGGCAGAUUCUGAAAUGAAAUCCGCCGGAUCUUGCUUUACAAACUGUCCAGAUUUCCCACAGGAUUUCUAUCUCUCUAUGCCCUCCCCCAUUUUAAACUCUCCUCCCUUCUCUUCUUUCUCUUCAUCUCUCUUACAUUCUUUUCUAUCAUACACCUUUCUUGCAAUUACAAUGGGCAUGUCUGCCGAGGCUCAUCAUUUCCAUGUUCUUGCUGUUGAUGAUAGUCUCAUUGACAGAAAGUUGAUUGAAAGGCUCCUUAAAACAUCUUCUUAUCAUGUUACUGCUGUCGAUUCAGGAAGCAAGGCCUUGGAGUUUCUGGGUUUGAAUGAAGAUGAACAGAUAGAUUCAAUCCCCACCUCUGUUUCUCCAGAUCACCACCAUCAUCAGGAUAUUGAAGUAAAUUUGAUCAUCACAGAUUACUGUAUGCCAGGGAUGACAGGCUUUGAUCUCCUUAGAAAGAUCAAGGAAUCUAAAUCUUUCAAGAACAUCCCGGUUGUGAUUAUGUCCUCAGAGAAUGUUCCAUCAAGAAUUAAUAGAUGCUUGGAAGAAGGAGCUGAAGAAUUCUUUCUGAAGCCAGUUCAAUUAUCAGAUGUGAACAAGCUUAGACCCCAUUUAAUGAAGGGGAAAUCUCAAGAAAAUGAGCAUAAUAACAAGAGGAAAGUGGAUAUGGGAAUAAUUCACUCUCCAGAGAGAACAAGAACAAGAUAUAAUGACUUGGAAGUUGUCUAAUUAUUAAUAUAUAUUUGCUUAAUUAUAGAGCAUAUAUAUAGAAUAGGAAAUUCCCAAAACAUUUUUCCUCUCUUCUGAUAAAAUCUCUUCAUUUUCUUUUCUCUUUCCCUUUGAGUUGAUAACACAGUCUCAACAGAAAUUAACAUCUGUCCGAGACUAUCCACUAAUUUUAGGAUGAUCCAAAUAGGAUGCUCUGUAAAGUUACUGAAACGAAAAUAUUCAUUCAAGUUUUGUUCCUCAAUUGCUGUUUUC